GGCGAAUUCAAACGGAAGAUGAAAAAUGGCCGCGGAGAAAGACACCGAUGUAAAUAAACGAGACAAAAGGGGCACAAUGUGCAAUGUUGUGAUCAGUCAGGAUGCAGAAUCAGGCAGCAGUGGUGACGGCCGUCUGCCCAUCAUCUUCAAUCCAGACUUCUUUGUGGAGAAACUGCGUCAUGAGCGUCCUGAAGCCUUCACUGAGCUGGUGCUGAGUAACAUCACACGGCUCAUUGACCUCCCUGGUGCUGAAUUCUCCCAGUUACUGGAGGAUGAGGAACCCAAGACUCCCAACGGCACCGUGGCAGGAGGAUUUUUCCGCUCCUUCAACUUCCUUAAACGCAAAGAUAAAGGUGUUGUGUUUGGUAUGCCACUAACAGAGGAAGGAAUAGCCCACAUAUAUCAACUAAUCGUUUACCUCAGCAAAAAUCUGCAUGUGGAGGGUCUUUUCCGGGUUCCUGGGAACAGUCUGAGGCAGCAAACACUGAGAGAGCAGCUCAACACUGGAGCUGAUAUUGACUUUGGCUGCGGUGACUUCCAUCCCAACGAUGUCGCCACCCUCCUAAAAAGCUUUCUGGGAGAGCUGCCUGAGCCCCUUCUGACGCACAGGCACUUACACGCGCACCUGAAAAUUACAGAACUGACCAUGUUUGACGACCGAGGUAAUAAGACGAGUUUGCCUGAUAAAGAGCGUCAAAUCGAGGCGUUACAGCUGCUGCUGAUGCUGCUGCCCACUGCGAACCGCACACUGCUUAAACUACUGCUGGAUCUGCUCUACCACACCGCCAAACAACAGGACAAGAACAAGAUGUCUGCGCACAACCUCGCACUCAUGUUUGCACCUCAUGUCAUCUGGCCCAAGAACAUGAAUGCCAGUGAUCUUCACGAGAACCUGAAGAAGCUGAACAGUGGAAUGGCAUUUCUCAUCAAACAUUCGCAGAAGAUCUUUCGGGCGCCGGCCUAUCUGAGGGAGCAUGCAAGACUUCAGUUUGCAAACACCAAAAUCAUUCACUCCAAGGAUGAUCUUGAACUUUUAUCAGUCAGCGGUUCUCCUUUCAUGUCGGCGUUUAAGAGGAGUGGAGCACGAGUGGGUUUAGACUCUGAUAAUCACACAGAAGAAGCGCUCAAAGAGCUCUAUCGACACGUCAGUGAUAAAAUGCCAAACUCUGCCAAGAAGAAAAAGCUCAUCAGACAGCUUGGCAAGCAGUCUACCCCAGGGACCCCUGUCAAUGAGAAUACGACUCCUACUAGUAAAAAACACACCCGCUCUCGCUCCUUUGGUGGUCUUAUCAAGAGGAAGGUUUUGGGGAACCAGCUCACAGCAGACAGAAGAGGUCGACACGUGUCUCCACAGACUGUUACUGCAGAUCCAGGGAAGGAGAACAUCAACUGUGAGCUGGUGAGCUGAAGCCCUAUCCCCAGCUGAUGAUGUCGGCAGUACUGUAUUCAGGAUGUCCCGUCAUCAUCUUCAGUGUGAAAUGUGCCUACAUAGAAGACUUCAAUCUAAACAGCUGGAGCCAUUAGAGUUUAUAUUUUAAUAAUUUUAUUUAUUUCUUUUUAUUCUGUAUUUUAACCUACUGAAAAUUGAGUCUGAUGAUUCCAAAUGUUUUUUCAUAGCGUGAAACUGUUACAUCAGGUGUGCACGGGCAAACCACUAGUCUGUUACACUGGGCAUUUUAAACUGACCCGUGAUAACCAUCGCUAAUGAACUUACUCAUAUUUGCAGUGUGUAUAUAAAGUGUAAAUUAUGAAAAUUUACGGAGUUUUUUUUUAGGUGUCUUAGUGCCUUCCUGAGCCUAUAUCCUACAAAUAUUUUUUUCUCUAAUUCUUUUUUUUUUAUCUGAAAAAUGUUUUGCUCUCUAAAAAAAAAUGCUUUUUUUUAGAAAUGUUUUUCUCUCAAUUUUUUUGUCUCAAUUAUUUUUUUUCAAUGUUUUGUUUUACCUACAGAAUCUUUAAAAAUAAAAAUAAUAAUGUUUCUUGCUAGAUAACAAUUAGUAUGUGGUACCAACCUUGCCAACCAGAUGCCACUAUCAGCAUGAAAUCUUAUGUUUAGAAAGUGACAGAAUGUCUGUAGUACUUUAUCGAUUUAUAGUUAAUAACAAGAAUGUUUAACAAAUCAUAAUAAAAAAAUUAACAUAAAACGUUAGACCAUCUUCUAAUUCAUGAAACGAAUAUGCCUCAGGUUACAUACGUUUCAUAUGGCAUUUAGAGAGUUUUUCGUAUGGCAUAUUGCGUUUCUUUGAUGCAAAAAAAAUAAUAAUUCUAUAAAAAACAAUCUUAGGACAUACAGUAGGCUGACGAAAGCACUAAGACAACUAAAAAAUGUUUUCACCUGGUUAUUUUUUUCCCACCUUGCGGUUCAGGGCUUCCAUAGGAAAUGUGUAGCACGUUAUAUAUCUGGCCUGUAUAUUAACUUGCAUUAAUCCCUCAGUUUAUGCUAUAGUCAGAUAGUAAGGCAAUGGGAGAGGCAGCUAACACUAUAAAGUGUAACAGCUGUACAUUUAGUCGCUAAAAUGUAUUACUAAGAAUAUAAGAAGUUGUCCUUGUGUUUGUUUACAUAUAGAUAUUUGCCUUAACUCUGUGAGCAUAAAGAGCAUGUGAAUGGUAGUAACUAAUGUGUCUCACUCAAAAUGUGAUAUUUUUUAUAUAUGAUAAUGCUUAAAAGUUGCUUAAAAGCAUUGCGAGGCUCAUUUUGUGAACAACAGGAAAAAUGUGAUUUAUUUUAAAUGCUUUAUGGUGCUUUACAACUACAGUUAAUCAAGUUUAUUGUGAAUAAAAAUACCAUCACAGUAUACAAUAAUUUGAGUUUUUCACAACCAUAUUUUCCAUAUACUGAGAGAAGCUUUAUUAAUUUGAUGUUUAUUAAAUGCGGGUAUCUCUCAGGGGACUUUGUGAUGUGUUAAGAAGGUUUGUGUAUGUUACAAAUGUGAUGGCAAUGGAUUGGUUUUAUAAUUGUUAAAGGGAUGGUGUUUUGAUAUUUGUCAAAGGUUUGAGUCAAAUUUCACUGUAUAUUAAACAUACUGAGGAUUAAGAGAAUAUUAUGGUAAGGAUUAGUUGGAUUAUGUGAAGUGUUAAGAAGAUCGGUGUGAGCGAGCGGGAUGUUGCAUGUGUGUUAACUUGCAGUUGGAUCAGUCGGAAUUAAAGUAUGUUGUGAAGGGAAUUAUUGCUAGUUUUUGGCUUUGAUCCUCAAUGUCUCCUGUGAUGUCUUAUUUCUUUUAUGAUCUUAAAGUGCUUAAAGUCUGUUUGUGUUGUGAUGUCACUUCCUUUCAUUGUCAUUCAUAUUGUUCUUUUUAAAUGUGCACGAUGCGUUCCCUGUUGAAUACUAAAGUCUUGCCAAAUUGCUUUGCAAUUUUUACUAGAUAUGACCAUUUAAAAUGCUCUAAUUUAGACAAAAAAAUCAGUUUGUUAUGGUUUAAGUAAAUUGGUCCACUGAAAUGUAUAAAAAGGAGCCAUCUAUCUGGAAAUACGAGGCGGUGCUGCAUCAAGUUUAUAUGGUUUACUAAUGGUGGAUUUUAAAAUGGUCAUUGGUCUAUUUACAAAUGUUUCCCGUUAAUCAGAAACGCUCUCAUUUUAAAAGUGUAUCUGAAAACUUAAAUUGAUGACAUAAAUGGCUUCUCUGAAUUUUUGGAUGUUGGGAAAUUGUGCAUUUUUGUUAAGUGUGGAUAUUUCUAUAUAGUGUGUGUGUUUGUAUGUUUGUAAUAUUUGGGAGAGGGCAUUUGAUGAUUUGAUCUAUUGUACAGAUGGUAUCCUGGAGUUUGGGCAGUUUGGCAUAUGCAGUACUAGUAAAGCUGUGAUAUAAACUGAAUUGGAAAAUGUAUCUACAAUAAUUGGCUUUUCAAAUGAAAAGGCCUACAAGUAUUGGGUUCUUCAAUGUUACAGUGUUUAGGAGUGCAGUUAUUUUUAAAUAUAAAUAUGUUUCUUUGUAUUUUAACUGUGAAACUUUUGUACAUAUGUCAGCUGCUGAUGUGCAAUGGACGCUUCAGUGUAUUUCAUUUUGUAUUAAAACUUCAAC